CAGGAAGCGGAUCCCGUGGAGUGACGGUCACACCGCGGCGGAUUGACUUCUAAAGACUCUUGGUACAUGAGGAAGAAACCUGGAAGAGGAAGAGGAAAGCAAAGGAGUCAGGGAUGGCUCCUCCUCAGAGUCUGUUGACAUUCAGUGAUGUGGCCAUAGAAUUCUCUCAGGAGGAGUGGAAAUGCCUGGACCCUGUUCAGAGGACUCUGUACAGAGACGUGAUGCUGGAGAAUUACAGGAACCUGGUCUCCCUGGAUAUCUCUUCCAAAUGCAUGUUGAAGACGUCAUCAACAGGGAAAGACAAUACAGAAGUGAUCCACACAGGGACAUUGCAAAGACAAGCAAGUCAUCACACUGGAGAAUUUUGCCUCCAUGAGACUGAGAAAGACAUUCAUGACUUCGACUUUCAGUGGAAAGAAGAUGAAACAAAUGGCCAUGCAGCACCCAUGAUGGAAAUCGAAGAGUUGACUGGUAAUACAGACCGAUGUGAUCAAAGGCAUUCUGUAAACAAGGCUAUUAAAGAUCAGCUUGGAUCAAGCUUUCAUUCACAUCUGCCUGAACUGCACAUAUUUCAGUCUGAAGGGAAAAUUGGUAAUCAAGUUGAGAAAUCUAUCAACAAUGCUUCCUUGGUUUCAACAUCCCAAAUAAUUUCUGAUAGGCCCAAAACCCUUAUUUCUAGUAAGUAUGGAAAUAAUUCCCUCCAUUCUUCAUUACCCACACAAAAAUGGGAAAUACAUAUGAGAGAAAAAUCUUUCGAAUGUAUGGAGAGUUUCAAAUCCUUUAAUUGUAGCUCACUCUUAAAAAAACACCAGAUAAUUCACUUAGAAGAGAAACAAUGUCAAUGUGAUGUAUGUGGCAAGGUCUUUAAUCAGAAGCGAUACCUUGCAUGCCAUCGUAGGUGUCACACUGGUGAGAAACCUUACAAGUGUAAUGAGUGUGGCAAGACCUUUGGUCACAAUUCAUCCCUCUUCAUUCACAAAGCACUUCAUACUGGAGAGAAACCUUAUGAAUGUGAAGAAUGUGACAAAGUUUUCAGUCGCAAAUCACACCUUGAAAGACACAAAAGGAUUCAUACUGGAGAGAAACCAUACAAAUGUAAGGUUUGUGAUGAGGCUUUCGUGUAUAAUUCAUACCUGGCAAAGCAUACUAUACUUCACACUGGAGAGAAACCUUACACAUGUAAUGAAUGUGGCAAGGUUUUUAAUCGACUAUCAACCCUUGCACGCCAUCGUAGACUUCAUACUGGAGAGAAACCUUACAAAUGUGAAGAGUGUGACAAAGUUUUCAGUCGCAGAUCACACCUUGAAAGACAUAGGAGGAUUCAUAGUGGAGAGAAACCAUACAAAUGUGAAGAAUGUGACAAAGUUUUCAGUCGCAAAUCAAACCUGGAAAGACAUAGGAGGAUUCAUACUGGAGAGAAACCUUACAAAUGUAAGGUUUGUGGCAAGGCUUUCCAGAGGGAUUCACACCUGGCACAACAUCAGAGAGUUCACACUGGAGAGAAACCUUACAAGUGUAAUGAGUGUGGCAAGACCUUCCGUCAGACAUCAUCCCUUAUAAUCCAUCGUAGGCUUCAUACUGGAGAGAAACCUUACAAGUGUAAUGAGUGUGGCAAGACCUUCAGUCAGAUGUCAUCCCUUAUAUACCAUCAUAGACUUCAUAGUGCAAAGAAAUCUGAAUAGUGUAAUGAGUGUGGCAACACCUUCCAUCACCAUUCAAGCCUUGUAAAUCACAGGGCCAUUCAUACUGGAGAGAAACCUUACAAGCGUAAUGAAUGUUUCAAGGUUUUUAACCAAAAAGCAACCCUUGCACAUCAUCAUAGAUUUCAUACUAGAGAGAAACCUUACAAAUGGGAGGAAUGUGACAACGUGUUCAGUCAUAAAUCAAACCUUGAAACACAUAAGAAAAUUCACACUGAAGAGAAACCAUACAGAUAUAAAGUUUGUGACAAAGUUUUGCAUAUAAUUCAUACCUGGCAAAACAUACUAGAAUUCACACUGGAGAGAAACCUUAGAAGUGUAAUGAGUGUGGCAAGACCUUGGGUCAAAAUUCACACCUUGUAAUUCAAAAGGUCAAAAUUCACACCUUGUAAUUCACACUGGAGAGAAACCUUCUAAGUGUAAUGAAUGUGUCAUGGUUUUUAAUCAAUAAUCACACCUUGCAAGUCAUCACAGACUUCAUAUUGCAGAGGAAUCUUACAAACGUGAACAAUGUGACAAAGUUCAGUUGCAAAUCCAGCUUCAAAUACGUAGGAGAAUUUAUACUGGAGAAAAAACAUACAAAUAUAAGGUUUGUGACAAGGCUUUCGGGAAUGAUUCACACCUGACAAACAAUACUAGAAUUCACUCUGGAGAGAAACUUUACAAGUGCAAUGUGAGUGUGGCAAAGCCUUUAGUGGGCAGUCAACACUUACCAUCAAGCAAUCCAUGAGACAGGGAAACUUGACUAAUGUAACGAUUGUCACAAAGUUUUCAGUAAUGCUAUAAUCAUUGCAAGUCAUUGGAGAAUCCACAACGAAGAGAGAUCUUACAAGUGUAAUAAAUGUGGCAGAUUUUUCAGACAUCAUUCGUGCUUUGCAUUUCAUUGGUGAACUCAUGCUGGAGUGAAACCUUACAAAUGUCAUGAUUGUGGCAGGGUCUUCAGUUUUAUCCUACGCAAAACAGGAGAAUUCAUACAGGAGAGAAAGCUCACAAGUGUGAUGAGUGUGGCAAAGCCUUUACUUCAUGUUCACACCUCAUUAGGCAUCAGAGAAUCCAUACUGGACAGAAAUCUUACAAAUGUCGUCAGUGUGGCAAGGUCUUCAGUCUGAGGUCACUCCUUGCAGAACAUCAGACAAUUCCUUUGGGAGACAGUUGUUUCAAAUGCAAUGAGUACAGCAAAUCAUCAAACAUUAAUUGACAUUAGGGUCAAAUCAGCCUUGACCUGAGUUUGACUUAACAUUGAGUUCAAGCAUUAAUUGCUAUUAAACCGUUUAUGUUAAGAGGAUUGUGCUGGGGGCCAUGGCCCAUGCUUGUAAUCCCAGCACUUUGAGAGGCAAAGACAGGUAGGUCACUCAAGGUCAGGAGUUUGAGAACACCCUGGCCAACAGACGGGAGCCACUUUUUCCAGCCUGUAUUUUGUUUUUCUUUCUUUCUUUCUUUCUUUCUUUUUUUUUGAGAUGGAGUCUUGCUCUGUCGCCCAUGUUAGAGUUUAGUGGCAUGAUCUCCGCUCACUGCAACCCCCUCCUCCUAGGUUCAAGCGAUUUUCCUGCCUCAGUCUCCCUAGUAGCUGGCACUACAGUUGUGUGCCACCAUACCUGGGUAAUUUUUUCUAUUUUUAGUAGAGACUGGGUUUCACCAUGUUAGCCAGAAUGGUCUCCAUAUUCUGACUUUAUGAUCCACCUGACUCCACCUCCCAAAGUGCUGAGAUUACAGGCGUGAGCCACCGUGCCUGGCCUGUUUUUUGUUUCUUUAACAAAAAGUUAUAGGGAUUUCUAUGAGUAUUGUACUGAAUCUAAAUCACAUUCAGUUAUAAAAUCAUUGAGCAAUAUUAAUUUUUCCAAUCAGUAUGGGGUUUAUAUCUAUUUAUACAUGUUUUUAAUCAUUUUGAUCAAUGUUUGUAGAUUUCAAGGUACAAACCUCGCCUUUUAAUGCUUAUUUCUAAAUGUUUCUUAGUUUAAGUUCUUUUGCAAAUGGAAGUGAUUUCUGAUUUUCUUUUAAAAUUAUUUAUUGUUAAUGUAUGGAAAUUCAACUAAUUUUUGGUGCUGCUGUUCUAUUCUGCAAAUACACUGAAUGUGUUUAUUAGUUCCAGUUGCAUUUUGGUUGACUCUUCGUGAUUUUCUUCACAGAAUGUCAUGUCAUCAACAAACAAAUAAAAUUUGACUUUUUCUUUCUGAUUUGGAUGAGUUUGAUUUCUUUUGCUAUUUCAUUGCUCUGGCUAGGACAGCCAGUAUUGAUUGAAUAGAAGGGGUGAGAGUAUUCUUGCAUCAUGUGAGAUCCUACAGGAAAAGCAUUACAUGUUCCCUGAUUGGUUAUUUCUGCAUUGGUCAUUUCACGGAAGGUCUUUCUAUUGUUGAGGUAAAUUUCCUUAUGUAUCUAUUUUGUUUAGGAUUUCCAUGAUGACUGGAUGUUGAAUUUUGUGAAACGCUUUUUCUCCGUCUACUGAGAUGAUGUGAUUUUCAUCUUUCGUUCUGUUCAAGUGGUAUAUCUCAUUGAUUUGCUUGAAUAUGUUGAACCAUCCUUGCAUCCCAGAAAUAAGUGGUACUUGCUUAUCUACAAUCCUUUUUAUAUCCUCUUGAAUACAGUUUGCUAGUACAAGGGGUCUUCAGGAAGUUCAUGGAAAAAUACAUAUUAUGAGAAAAUUGUGCGUGAUGUCGCAUUUUCUGCACCGAAAUAAACUGGUACAAAUCUGUU